UCACUAAAAAUGUAUCUCAAAUACCUCGUCGUCGCCACGUUGGUGGCGAUCGUCAAAUCGGAAAAGUCUUCGGUCGUUUACAGAGCUGUCGCGGUCCUUCAAAAGUGUUUGGCCUCGAAAUAUCCUCUGGUGUGUUUGAAGGAGAGGGCGGUGGACUCGUUGAACAGAAGAAUCUUGUCCGAAGAACCGAUUACCUUGGGGUUCUUCAGGAUAGAAAAGAACAGGGAUUACAAUUGGAACUUUACGUUCAAGGACGAUUUACCUAGAGAUUUAAGCAAGAGGAGCACCAAGCUGAGCAAUGUUUUGGCCAGCAAAAUAUCUGAGUUUAUUAAUUCGAGGACCAUCAGAUUUGACUUGGGUGACACAUUUGAAGGUCGAGGCAAGGGUGGAAAAGGUGGUGGUCUUAAAGAUGGAGGAAAAGGUGUAAUGAUGGCUGCCGCUUGCAUGGGAGCCGGUGCCAUGGUGGGAAAGAUGGGCAUGAUGGCCGCCGGUGCGAUGAUGAUGUCCAAACUGUCCUUGCUAAUGUCUCUCCUCAUGGUGCUGAAAAAAAUGGCCGGUGGCGGCGGAGGAGGUGAAGAGAAAGAAAAGCAAAUCAAAAUAGUCUACGCCGCGACCGGGGGCGGUAAUGGCGGCGGCGGCGACUACGGAAAAGGCGGCGGAGGCGGCGGUUGGCACAGAAGCCUGAAUUACGAGCCCCACAUCGCGUAUAGAGGGCACGCACCAGAAAAUCCUAACGUAGUGUACGAAGGUUAUUGAAAAUUUUCAUAUCCUCGGAAAAGAUACCGUUUUUUGAUAUUUUGUUGCUUUGAAAUGGACAGACAAUUGAUAAAAAUGGCCGGAAGGUUCACGGUUCAUUAAUUCAAGUUCUGAAUUUCUCAAGAUGUAGGAAUGUUAAGUCUCUCAAAAAAAAUCCAUUUGACAUUUCCGAGAUCAAUAACAGCUUAAUGUAAUUUUCAAAAUAAGGGCGUAAAGUGUUUUUAAAAGUUUUCACGUGAGGACUGUAAUAGUUUUAUAUUGUAGUUAAUAUAUAUAAAAAACAUAUAAAGUGUGCUGGAUAAGAUAGCAAGCCGCACAAAAAUUUUACUCUUUUAAAAUAAUUAUAUUAUUUUUCUUUCUAUAUUUCUUAUUUCUUAUUUUCUUAAAGUAGGUCUAUAUUGGGUUGUAAAACAUUAGUGAAGUAGUUUAAUUUUAUCAUAAUAAAAUACUUUAACAAACAA